AUGGACGGCUCGGGCACAUUUUUCCAUGACUACUCCGAACAUGAGGCAUCCCCGGCAUCUGCCACAUUCCGUCCUGGCACCGGCCGGACCUUCGCCAGUGAACCCGUCGAUCUAGACUACAACGGAGACCACCGGAGACCAUCUGUAGCCAGCGCCACGACAAUCAGCAGUCAGGGCUCGAAGUCUAGUACAGGGGGUCGAUUCCGGAAGAAAUUACAAGGUUUCUUUGGGGAUGAAUACCUCCCAUCAGGCGAAUCGAAGCAGGAGCCCGAACAAGAUACUCGAUCGUUGAGCAGCAGACCAGGCUCUAUUGCCCAGUUUAAAGCCCGUGAAAGAGCCAAUUCUGAUGGCGCACGAAACUUUCCAGAAAGAUCCCAGGAUGAUACUUCCUCACGACAUCCUUCAAGACCGCGAACUCCCCUACCGUCCAGUGAGAUUACUCCAUGGCUGUAUCAAAGCUUCAAUGACAUUCCUCAGUUUGGAGAGGCUCCUGUUCGAGAAGCCCCCAUCGCACCUGAAGGUCAUCGCGUUGCUGGCCAAACUGCUAUGAACCCAGGUGCGCCAAGAGAGGCUCGGAGACACUACAGCAGCCACCGUCAUUCCCGAAGCAAGGAAGAAAAGCCAACUGUUGCGGGCGAUCUUGCUGGUUAUCCAGCUCGUCCAGCAACAGGACGUGAUGAUUCUUAUCUUGGAUUGCGCCCCUUCAGAGAACAUAGCCUGAAUGCCUCAACAGCGAUGAGCUCAACUACCACCCUCGGCGGUCGCUCCACUAGCCCCACGCCGAGCAUACAGAGCGCUUAUUCCCGGGAACAAAGCCAGAACUCCCCCGGAGCGCCCUCCAACAAGCGAUCGAUUUUGGAUAAAAUUCGACGUACCAAAGCACAUGGUCCCUUGAAGCAUUUCCCCGGGUCCAAAACCGCGCAGGAUGCAUCGAAGUCCUCAUCGAAGCUCGCGCGGAGGGAGGCUUCCCCGCGACGAGGCCGGCAAGGCAGUCUCGAAGGCGGCACUUCUAUCAGAAACCUUGAUCUAGGCGACCACGAGCGUCGAAAGGACGGGAAAGGCCUGGUUAUGGGCUCCACAAAAUUACGGAACCGGCGCGGCGUUGGCAAUGAAGUACCUCCUGGAAGGGACGUCAAACUUCCAGAGGAGCCUGGUGUUUGGAGGCUUGAUACAGAUCUUUCACACAUGGAGGGCAUUGUUAGCCAGCAAGCUCUCCCUUCUCCAAGCGACAAAGGCAGAACCCUCGAUGGUGUCCCAACGCAGCAUGAGGAAGGGAAGAAGCCGGACGGCUUACCUCCGGGUCACUGGGAUGCUCCGGAAAGCUGGCAGGUGAAGAAACAUGGGGAGGAUCUCGCUGCGCGGCUUCCAAAUGUGGCAAGUGAUUCCACGGGUAUUGCACGUGAACCGGAUGGCAUUUCAUACUUCAUCCGGGUCUUCCGCAUCGAUUCCACGUUUGCUACACUUUCAGCUGGUCUGAACGCCACCGUUGCAGACAUCCUCCUUAUGCUUGGCCGAAAGUCUUUCCUUCAAGACCAUUUGAACAACUAUGAGAUUGUCAUGAGGAAAAAUGAUCUUUCUAGACAGCUUGAUCACUCAGAGCGACCCAUCCUUAUGCAGAAGCGAUUGCUGGAACAAGUCGGCUACACUGCGAAGGACAGAAUCGAAGAGAUUGGUCGGGAAGACCAUAGUUAUAUCUGCCGCUUCAUAUUCCUUCCAACAAAACUCAGUGGCUACAGCAGCCUUGAUGGCGAUCCUGGAUUCAGCAAAAUGCAGAAGUUCAGUCAUGUUGAUCUUCAGGGUCGGAGUCUCGUCACCAUCCCGAUCACGCUUUAUAAGAAGGCCUCCGAGAUUAUCUCACUAAAUCUGUCUAGGAAUCUGUCCCUGGAUGUCCCCAAAGAUUUCAUCCAGGGCUGUAUCAAUUUACGGGAGAUCAAAUUCAUUGGCAAUGAAGCUCUGCGUUUGCCAGCUAGUUUUAGCCUUGCAAGUCGAUUGACUUACUUGGACGUGUCCAACAAUCUCUUGGAGGAGCUUGGCCAUGUCCAUCUUGACAGGUUGCAUGGUCUCGUCAGUAUCAAAAUGGCCAACAACAAGCUAUCAGAGCUACCGAGUUACUUUGGAAAUUUCCAGUAUCUCAGGAGUCUCAAUAUCUCGUCCAACAACUUCCGUGUCUUUCCUUCUUUCCUCUGCAAUUUGAAGAGCCUGGUGGAUCUUGAUAUCAGUUUUAACAAUAUCGCUGAGCUGCCAAAUAUUGGAAAACUGGCGACACUGGAACGAAUCUGGAUGACGAAUAAUAUCCUGAGCGGGCCAUUGGACGAGACAUUCAAGGACCUCAUUAACCUGAGGGAGAUUGAUGCGCGCUUUAAUGCCAUUACCAACAUAGACAUUCUGGCGCAACUCCCUCGACUGGAGCAACUGCUGAUUGGACAUAAUGCAGUCUCGAAAUUCAGAGGGUCAUUCCCAAAACUGCGGACCUUGCUCCUCGACCAUUGCCCAAUGACGCAGUUUGACAUUGACGCACCAGUGCCGACGCUGACCUCUCUCAACAUAGCCUCUGCCAAGCUUGUGCAGUUCCGGGAUUCGUUGUUUGAGAACCUACCCAACUUGACCAAACUGAUUCUUGAUAAGAAUCAUUUUGUUUCGAUGUCAACACAUAUUGGAAAACUUCGUCGGCUGGAGCACUUCAGCAUGAUCAAAAAUCCCCUGGCUGCGCUACCCGCGACCAUCGGAUGCCUGACCGAGCUUAAAUAUCUCAACCUCAGGGAAUGCAAUUUGAGAAGGCUCCCUGCCGAAAUUUGGCAUUGUGUGAGACUGGAGACUCUCAACGUGUCAUCAAACGUGCUGGACAGUUUCCCCAAACACGGCAGUCCUCCACCUCAGCCACCUAGCGACACGGGAACUACACCUGCAGCAACUCCAGGGGGAGCCACUACACCAAGUUAUGAAGAUCUCGGUCCCGUUCAGGAGCAAGAUGGACUAGAAACACGUCGACCCAGCCAGACGUCAGGCGGCUUUUUCAGCUCGGGAAGCUCACCAAAUGGUGGGACUUAUCGCAAACCGUCCAUUGCCUCGUCUCUUGGCCAAGGCGGGAGAAAAGUAUCAGCAGCUUCUCGAUCGGGCACCGAAGGAAGCCCUUCUUCCAGGAAAGAUUCGAACUUCUCUCAACACGUGGCGACGACGUUUGCCGGCUCGCUACGAAAUUUAUAUCUUGCAGACAAUCGGCUAGAAGACGAUAUUUUCCGCGAGCUGUCCUUGAUUCCAGAGUUACGCGUUGUUAAUCUGUCGUACAAUGAAUUGACCGAACUUCCGCAGGGCUUGCUCAAGCGCUGGCCAUUCCUGACUGAGUUGUACCUCUCAGGCAAUGAGCUGACCUCGCUUCCUUCCGAUGAUCUCGAGGAAGGAAGUAACCUCAAAGUUCUGAACCUGAAUGCAAAUCGAUUUCAGGUUCUACCAGCAGAACUCUGCAAGGUCAGCAAACUCGCAAUCUUGGACGUUGGAAGCAAUGCUUUGAAAUAUAAUGUGUCCAACUGGCCUUACGAUUGGAACUGGAACUGGAAUCGAAAUUUGAAAUAUCUCAAUUUCUCUGGGAACAAACGCUUGGAGAUCAAACCAAACAUCACCUCGGCGGGACCGACCACCGCCAACGGAACCGACUUGACUGAUUUCAACUCCCUUACCCAUCUCCGGGUCCUCGGUUUGAUGGAUGUCACUCUCACCACACCUACCAUUCCUGAGGAGAACGAAGAUCGGCGUGUCAGAACGUCUGCUUCACUUGCUGGGUCUCUGGCAUAUGGCAUGGCUGAUUUCUUGGGUAAAAGCGAGCAUCUGUCCAUCAUCGAUAUGAUCGUCCCACGUUUGAAGCCGGACAAUGUGGAAACGCUUGUAGGGUUGUUUGACGGCCAAGCUCAGUCAACAGGGGGCUCUAGGAUUGCCAAGUUUCUGCAUGAGAAUUUCACCUCAACCUUCUCUUCAGAGCUCAAGAAAUUACGAGUGGACGAACAAGAAACACCGCUUGAUGCGCUACGGCGGACAUUCUUGGCGUUGAACAAGAACAUGGCUGCAGCAGCCUACAAGUCGAUUGACGACCGUAGUGUUCGACAAUUUCACAGAGGAUCCCCUGCUACGAAACUCCUCAAUCAAGACGACAUACGGUCUGGGGGUGUCGCAACUGUGUUGUAUCUGAAUAACAUGGAUCUAUAUGUCGCCAACGUUGGUGACGCGCAGGCAAUCCUUGUGAAGUCAGACGGGACGCUGAAGUGUCUGACCAAGAAUCAUGAUCCCGCGGAGCCCCAUGAGCGGACAAGAAUCCGGGCCGCUGGAGGAUUUGUCUCUCGCAACGGAAGAUUGAACGACAUUCUUCACGUGUCAAGAGCCUUUGGCCAUUUUCAGCUGAUGCCCGCAGUCGUUGCAGCGCCCCACACCAUGCACGUCAACUUGACUGAACAGGACGAGAUGAUCAUCCUGGCAUCGAAGGAAUUGUGGGACUAUGUGACGCCAGAUGUAGUCGUCGAUGUCACCAGAGCGGAGCGCAGAGACCUCAUGAUCGCUGCUCAGAAAAUCCGGGACCUGGCGAUAUCCUUUGGUGCUAACAAUAAACUCAUGGUGAUGAUUCUCGGUGUGAGUGACCUAAAGAAGCGGGAGAAGUUCAAGUUUCGUGGAACAAGUCUCUCGAUGGGGCCUCCUGCUUUUCCCGAGGAACAGAUCAUCCCCAGCACGAAGCGUACCAAGAAACCUCGUGACAUGCCCGGCGAUUCGAGACUCGCCCGCUUCAAUUACGUGGAUGCCCCUAUUGGAGAAUUGGCCAUCAUCUUCACAGAUAUCAAGAAGUCAACGAGUCUGUGGGAGACAUGUCCCGACGCGAUGCGUUCAGCGAUUCAGAUACAUAACGACAUCCUUCGUCGACAACUCGGGAUUAUUGGUGGCUAUGAGGUCAAGACCGAAGGUGACGCUUUUAUGGUCGCCUUUUCCACCACCACAGCAGCCCUGCUCUGGUGCUUCAACUGCCAAACCCAGCUUUUGGAGGCCGAAUGGCCCACCGAAAUCCUCGAACAGCCACAGUGUCAGGUCCAGUACGAUAUGGAGAACAACAUCAUCUUCAGGGGUUUGUCUGUCCGCAUGGGUAUACAUUGGGGAGAGCCUGUCUGCGAGAAAGAUCCUGUCACCAACCGCAUGGAUUAUUUCGGACCCAUGGUCAACCGUGCGUCACGUAUCUCAGCAGUCGCCGACGGUGGUCAGAUCUUCGUCUCGUCCGACUUCAUGAGUGAUAUUCAGCGCAACCUUGAAGUGUACGCCGACAGUGAACGAGCUGCUUCUACUGGCUCGGAGGAAAGCUACGCCGUCGAUAGUUUGGGGUAUAACAUUCGUCGUGAACUUCAGCAGCUCAACAGCCAAGGAUUCGUCAUCAAAGAUCAGGGUGAACGGAAGUUGAAGGGCCUGGAGAAUCCGGAGCCACUGUACCUCAUCUACCCUCACUCGCUUUCCGGGCGAUUGACCACGCUGGAACAGGUGGAAUCGAGAGAGAACGGUCCCACGACCAUAAGUAAACACUCCCAGCUCGAAAUUCAGACGGAUCUCAUAUGGCGCCUAUGGGAGAUCACUCUUCGCUUGGAAAGAUUAUGCGGUGCGCUGGAGAAUCCAGGUGAAGCGCAGUUGAAGGAGCCGAACUCGGCUUUGUUCAACUUGGUCAAGAAUCAUGGUGGCGAGCUUGCCGAUUCGACGGUGGUGAAUUUAGUCGCACAUCAGGUGACUCGCAUCGAGAUGACAAUUACUACUCUGUCAGUGCGAUACAUGCUGAGGCCCUUCAAACCUGGUGACAAACUAAGUGACCACGCCGUGCCUAUUGGUGAGGUGAUGCAACAACUACAAACCCAACUUGCCGAAUACAGAGCGCUCAAGGAACAACUGGCCGUCAGUGCUGCGGGCAUCACUGGCGCCUCAUCCAGCUCUACAGGAGCCGAAGGUCAGGAGACUGGCGACAGUAAUCCCAGCUCCGCAUCUUCAUCCUUCCUCCAACUCGCUCCGUCAUCGGAGUAG